UGAAAAAUAAGACUAUAGGGAGAUUAAAGUUUACAUAAGAUGAAUUGACAUUAUUUACACAAGUCUUUAUCUAAAGUAUAAAACCAAGCAAAACCAAGAACAAAAAUCUAAUUGGAAUAACUGUUAGGAGAACUCUGUCACCCAAAACCAAAAUCGACAUCAGUGUGCACAUGGAUAUGAAAACGACAUUUAGACAAAACUACAUAGACAAAGACAUAAAUAAAAAGUAUAAAAAAAAAGUCAAGCACAAAAAAAAAUACAAAUAAAGGAAAAGGGUGGAGAACGACUCUGAAGCGGUCAGUGGCAAAAUAUCAAUAGAAAGUUUUGUUGACUGCUUGCGCGAAAAAAAAACACUCUAAAUACACAUACAGUGUACAGCGUAGGACAAACAAGUGCACACAUAAUGUCAGAGUCAAUGAUUUUUAAUAAAAUGUUAUACAUUUCACAAUUUGAAUGAACUAUUUUUUUUCUUUAAUGUCUUCCCGACUCGGGAUUUUGUUUGUUUGAUCAUUGCUAUCAUUGUCAUUUCGGUACUUUCUUAUAGUGAAAAUAGUGAAAUUCGCCCAAGUUUUGAUUCAGUGUUGUUUUUAUUCUAGUCUAUAUAUGUUCUGGUAAUGGGCAAACAGAGCAAUGAACUUCUACAAGCAGUUUUCAACCUUAAGGCUUGUAUCCAUUGCAGUGAUGGGACGGCGCUCUAGGGUUUUGUGCAGCUUUUUGUUGUCUAAAUUGAUGUCUGUGUUGAUAUCAGGAAUGAUAUCGAGUCUGUUUUCUACGAAAAUCAUAUCAUAUAUGCAUAGAUUUGCCUAGCUUUUAUCUAAUAUUCAGUUAGGUGUUUACAUUUAGAAAGAAGUUUAAGUAUAUAGAUACAUACAUGUACGCACUAGGAUAUAAUACUUCCUUGUUUGUUGUUCUCUAGGGGGAACGCUCUUGUUAAAAAAAGAAUUUUUACUGUUGUUUUUUUUAACAGAAAUAAAGGAAUGAUAUAAGUAAGUAAAAGGAUAGGAUAAAAUAACAGUAUUUAUUUUUUUGUACAUUGAAGUGUAUUUAUCAAUAUUCGUAUUGUCACGUGACGUGACAUUGAUGACUAAACAUUGGACAAACAUACGAAGCGAGUAAAAAUCUGGAUUACAGGUCAUACAGAAAAAAAGAUUCUCAAGAAGACAGAGUUGUGCAGAGACUGUAAUGAAUAAAAGUGAAAAUUAUAUUCAUAACUUAUAAAGACAAAAUCUGUCAGCUUGGUGGUUAAACAAAAGAUGGAGGGAGACCAAAACAGACAAAAUUUUGAUGCAUAUCAUGAACAAGUUAGAAUGCAGAUGUACGGACCAGGUACUACUCAUCCAUCCAAUCCAUUGACAGAUCUGCCAUAUCCUUUGCAAGUGGGAGUCAAUUUCCAACAGGCUCAUAUGGUGGAAGCUGAUGAAAUGUCAAUGGGAUUUGCAGGAGUAGGACCACAAUCUCACAACAGCAGUAUUGUUUUUCCAAGGAUUUCUGGUCCAGACACUACAAGACCAUCAAAUAAUGGUUUCUCUGGAGCAGGAUUACAGUCAGUUUCUGGAUUUAGUAAUGACAACAUGAACAAUCCUGGAAAUGGGCAUAUACAGGUGGUACCAAGCACUAGCAGCAGAUCUCGAGAUAUAGUUAGACCAUUAUUGUGGCAAGAUCAGCAGCCAAAUAAUGGUGCAGUUCAACAGUCAGUUUCAGGAUUUAGUGAUUACUGGAUGAAUGACAGAGGAAAUACACAGAUGUUACCUAGUACUGGCAAUGGAUGUAAUUUAGAAACAGGCAUAAGUAAUGGAGGCGCUUGUGUGGAAAUGGAUGAUGUUGCCAUUGAGAGAAACAGGGAGCUGAUACAGAGACUGAAAUCUAAAGUUGAAGACUAUGAAAAGAAAAAAGACAAGUGCACCAAAUCUUUCAUUGACAUAGGAUUCAAUAGAAAGCAGGCAGAAGCAAAUGGAUCUGAACUGAGAUAUUUCACUAAUGUUGGAAACGAGGUGAUGUGCCUUCAGUGCCGUUCUCGUGCAGAUAGAACAGACAAGUUUCAUCAUCGUGAUGACUGCCUAGUGUAUAAAACCUUGAAGGAAAUAGGAGAUGCUUCAUCUGAUGAAGACAGCUUACCUCAGAGAUGUGAUUCAGAUGAGAGUAUGGAGUCUGCGGAAAACGAACCAAGCUGCACAUCUGGGAGAGAAUUGGUUUCUGCAAAUGAAUUCGAGCCUACUGUACCAGUUAAAUUAGAGCCUGUCACUGGAUUUCAGUCAUUGUCCAGUGAUGAUUCACUGUUUAGAAGUGGCAAUGACACAGACGUAGUUUUACCAACUGACGGGAAGAGUAAGUCUACAAUUACACAGCUAAGAAACAUGGGCUAUGAAGUCGACAUUAUACAAGCCAUAUUCAGAAUUCAAGGGGGAAAAUGUUUACAGUCGGCAGAGGACUUUCUGUAUUGGGAGGAAAUAUCAAAAAAAUCUUCCAACCAAAGCAAUGCUUCCAGUUACAUGUCUGUACAACAGUGCCCCAGUUCUAGUGUCUCUGCAGCUCCAGUUCCUGAUGUUCUUGUCUCAGGAGACACCUUGCCAUCAAGAAAUUAUGUUACAGCUGGUGGUUACUCUCAAGGAGAGACAAGCUCUAACAGUUUUCUAACAAGCGAGAGCGGGGGCAGAGUGCAUGAGCCUCCAAUGUUGAGAGGUGCUGAUAAUGUCAAUCGAGAUUAUGAGUACUGCCUUGCCUGUAAGAGGGAACGUGCAUGGGUAAACCAAAAACCUUGUGGGCAUGUCGUCUGCAAAACGUGUGGUGAUCGAUCCAAUGUAUUCUGCAAUGUGUGCGGUGUAUUUGUUACAUACAGGGGUAUUUUUGAUAUAGCGUCUACAAAUUAAUGAUACUUUCAGCAUAAACAAAAUUAAUUAAGUUUUUUAUUUUUAUUUUCCGCUACACCAACAUAUGAAAGUUUUUUCUUCAGAUUAAAUUUCAUUUCACAAUAUUGUAUUAUAUUUUUGUCAUAAAAUUAAUUUGUAACAAUAAUUAAACAUAUCAGUUUUUACAUAAUUCAGAAUGUCUUUAUUUUUUAUAUUAGUUUAAUAUUUUCUUCAGGAGUGAAUAUUUGAAACAAGAAAUCCUAUUAUUUUGUCCUUUUUACUCUAUAUCAGGAAUCACUUUAUAUAUUUUUGAUCAUUCAGAAUUAUCAGUUGCUGUUAGACCCACCAAAUCCAUAACAGAAUUUUUGUGAAGAUUCAGAUGAAAAGUCAUUCUGCAGGUCUCUGGCUGUGGUAGCACAUAUUGAAUUUGAAGAUAUUGUGAAUCAUUUUUGUUUUAUUUUUAAUAGUAAAAAUAUAAUUUCAGUGGAACUUUGAUAAAAAUGUAAUUUCGGUGGAACUUUGGUGAAAAUGUAAUUCCAGUGGAACUUUGGUAAAAAAUGCCUUUUCAAAUUGUUUUUGAAAAUAAUUUCAAAAUUAAACAGAGUAAUAUAUUAGAAGUUCCUAAUACCACCCCUGCAGAAUGAUUUUGAAUAAUUUCUGUGGUUUAGUCCAAUAUUUAAAGAUAUAUUUAGACCCAAAUUCAUACUUUGAAAGUAUGAAUAAUUACUUCAUAGUAUCUAUGUAAACAUAAAAUUAACAUGUUUUAGUGUACAAGCAGUACUGUGUUUUAGGUUUAAAAUGGUACACACCUAUUAUAUGUGUAGCUGAGCACAGUAUAAAUAUGUACUACCACUAUAAAUACUGGAAGUUUUUUUUGAAAAAAAUGACUGUUACACAUCCAGUGACAUUUGCUUUUGAAUGUAGCUCUACAAAUACAGUUUAUUUAUUUAGCCAGGUUAAGUUCAUAUGAUUGGAUUUUCUACAUUUAAAGGUAGUAUCUAAACAUGAACUUUCUUAAUGACAGCUGGACAUUGGAUAUCUUUAAAGAAAAAUAUUCGAAAAAAGCUAACUUUUCCAAAUACAUGAUUCUAGAAGCAAGUUCUAACCAAUGACAACACUAAGUGGUCUAGAUCUAUUAUCAUCAUCAGUUGUGACAGUAGCUGUGGAAAGUGAUGUUUGUGAUGUGAGUUUUAUGUGUGUCUUCACAUUAAUAAGUUCUUUAACAUUUUCAACCUUACUCUUGGUAAAAAAUAAUUUUUUAAUAUUUAUAAAAUAAUUAUAAGACAUAGUGUAGGUUGUGUAUGUAACAAAAUGAUUAUUAGAUAUGCAUGUAGAAAUAUGCAUCCUUCAGUUGCCCAAUAUUUCGACUGCAUAACUUGUGCAUAUUUCUCAAUACAGUUCUAAUAACUUUUGAGUAUUGAUAAACAAUUUAAGUAAGUAAACUUAAAAGUUAAAAGGCUCAUAAACUAAAAAAGAAUCCAUUUGUAACAUUUUUGUUAAGGCAUAGAGAUACAGCUAAAAAUAGAGGAUAACUUAAAUAGUUUGAAAAGCUUAAUAAGCUAUAAUAAGUUUGAAAAUGAAUUUAUUCAUUUUUGUGUGAAAUUCCAAUUUGCCCACUUUUGAGUGAAAUUCUAAUUUGCACACUUGGACCAUUAUAAGACCAUAACAAAAAAUGUUUCAGAAUGGUUGUAUAAUUGCUUUUCUUGAAAAUGGCCAGUUCAUUUCAUAUCAUAUAGGUCUGAUAACAUAUAGUUAUUUUAAGUCUGUAAGCUCUGAAUGAUCUUUUUAACUAUUAAACCAGAAGCAUC